AGCGAUCCCAAAGAGAACCCCACAGUUGCCAGUUGCCACGUCCCCUAGAGACCUACUCCGCGUGGAUCUUAAACAGCCCAGUCGGCAACCACGUAUCAGGCGUAAAGACAACUUGCACCGAAUGCUUUAGCUUGCUGCUAAAUUCACUACUUAAGGCAUCCCUAGGUGACGAACAGCCCAGUCCUUCCAUUGACGUGUAUCAUUGAAGUUUUGCUCGUGCAUGUGUAUCCUUUCUUCAUAAAUCAAUUGCAUGCAAUUCAUUUGUCUGUCACCCCCAAACGGAUGGUUAAUUGUUUCUCUAGCUAGAAAUCAACCCAAGAGUUGUCCUCUAUAGUCUAUACCGUUCUAGAACCUCAUCAAAAGAAGAAACCUCCUUAAAAGACCCAAAACCGCUUCAGUUUUCACGCAUCUAACUCACUAUAAAAGCCCACCCAAGGCAGCAUUCCCUUCACAGCCAAUAAAAGAAGUUGCUACUACCGCAGAGAAUACCAAUCUUACAUCUCUUUUUCUGCCUGCAAGAAAGAAAAGAAAUUUCGGCAGAGAGAAGAUGGAUUGGAGAGUCAUGGGAUCUGAUCCAUCCAUCAUUGACACCCUCCAUGAGCUCCUUGACUUCCCUGACGAGGCCGACAAGUCCCAGCCCCAUCCCUCUCGCGCCUACAUCCGGGACGCAAAAGCAAUGGCAGCGACGCCAGCUGACGUGAAAGACUGCCUUAAUUCAUACGUGGUUGUAAUUGACAUGCCAGGGCUCAAACCAGACCAGUUGAAGGUCCAAGUUGAAGAGGACAACUUGCUGGUGGUGAGUGGAGAGAGGAAGAGGGAGAAAGAGAAAGAUCAGGGCGUGAAGUACAUAAAGAUGGAGAGGAGGCUCGGCAAGUAUCUAAAGAAGUUUCAGCUCCCAGAAAAUGCUGAUACUGAAAAGAUAUCAGCUUCGUAUCUAGACGGAGUCUUGAUUGUGACUGUGGAGAAGAAGCCACCACCAGAGCCCAAGAAGCCCAAGACGGUUGAAGUGCAAGUGAGUUAAGAGGUCAGAAACUAUGCUCCUACAGCGUAGUUGAAGGUUCAAAUAAGAGCAGCUUGAGACUGUGCAGGCUUGCUUGGUGAGGUGUAAGAAAGUGAGGAUGUGAGUUUGUUGUCUUUUGUGUUUUUGGUGCCGGGGACUCUAGAGAGCUUUGGAGGAGUGGACUGGUUCUGUUCUUUCAAUACAGUUCUCGUAAUGUCUGUGAACAGUGUUUAUGAAAAUAUAUGGAAAAAAAAAAAAACUUGCUUUAAUCAUAUGUGUACAAAAAUGAUCUUGAAAUUUAACUCCUUACUCUUACUUUUUAGGGGAAAAAACAUGCUAAUACCG